CACAAUACUGUUUAUUAAAAAUAAUGGCUUAUAACAAGUCCAACUACAUAAAAAAGUGCAACCUUGGUGCAAUAUUUGAAAUUGUUGUUAAACUUCAAAUUACCAUGAAAAGAAUACAACAUAAUUAAUGAAGCAUUUUAAAACUUAUCAAAACAACAACAAGUCGAAUUAUUAUUAUGAAAUGGUAACCUAAGAUCCAAAUCUAUUUUCCAAUUAAACUCGUUAUACUUAAUCAAUCUAAAGCAAUUAAAAACAAAUCAAAUGUAAUCAACAUAAACACACACACAGAAUCAUAGAACAAUAUCACAAACAUAAUAAUAAUAAAAUAAUAAUAAUAAAAAAAACGACUAAACAAAAAUCUAUCAACCCACUAGUACAAACCCAGAAAUCAAACCCACAAAUCUAACCCACACACACCAGGAACAAAAUGGUGUGCAAUCCCAGAAUCCCACCACCAACAACAAACUAUACAAACAAAACUACAAUAUCGUGGUUAAUGCAAUGUUAGAAAGUCACUCUCGGUGGCUACUGUGAGAGCGAGAGAGAGAAAGAGAUGCAAAAUUGGUCCCAAAUGCCAAAUUGGGGUUUCGUAAAAAGCAGGGCAUGGCAGAGCAGACUGCAGCUCCAGUGGAAGCUCAGAAGCUCAUGGAGAUCGUCGUCGUCGUUGCAGCUGGCAUCCCAGCCAUUGCGGCCGAUGCCGUUGCUGCUGCUGCUGCGGUGCGGAGGGGUGUGUGUGUGCGCGAGUGAGAGAGAGAGAGAGAGAGAGAGGUCCACUGAUGAUGGUGGUAACGCAGGUGUUGGCGAUGGCGAUGAAGCAGAUGGAGAUGGAGAUGGAACCCCUUCGCCCUCCGGCGCCAUUUUAAUAAUUACCGGAGCGGGAAAGGGAAGGGAGGAAAAGGGAAGGGGAAGGGGAAGAGGAGAUGGUGUGUGGGAGCAAGGAGGAGGAAGAGGAGGAGGAGGAGGAGGAGGAGGAAGGGAUUGAUUGUAGGGGAAUUUUUGGGUUUUACU